UCUAUCAAAUGCUGGCGAAAUCCACUUAUCAAUACGUAUCAUAACAAAAUUUGUAUUUAAAUGAAUUAAACUAAAACCUUUCACAAUGAAUUUCGGUGGUACAUUAAGAAUUAAUAAAUUCGCUUGUUUAAUAUUAGGUUUUAUAUUAUUUAUAAUAAUUUAUUGGCGAUCCGGCGGUGCUGUGACUGAUAAAAGUGAUUUAGUGAAUCUAAAACAUUUGUUGAAAGCUGGUAUUUUUGCGGCAGAGCGUGGUGGUAAGAGAGUUGUGAGCCAAAAGAAUGGAGAAUUAAACGUUCAGAGUAAAGGGAAGACGCAGGAAGGCGCGAACGAUCCUGUGACGGACGCAGAUUUCGCAUCGCACUGCUCGAUGUAUUACAGUUUGAAGAAUACAUUUCCUAAGUUGUCUAUAGUGUCGGAGGAGCAUACGGGAGCGGCGGGCUGCAGUGACCAGGAGGCCAUAGACUUGGAGAGUACGCCGGCGGGGCACAGUGUGAUAGAUUACAUGUUUGAUGAACUUGUUUACAUUAAAGAUGUGACUGUGUGGAUUGAUCCGUUGGAUGCUACGCAGGAGUACACAGAGGGCCUAUACCAGUAUGUAACCACCAUGAUGUGUGUAGCCAUUAAAGGAGUGCCAGUUAUCGGAGUUAUCCACUAUCCAUUCACACCACGGACCUACUGGGGAUGGUACACCAAGCGGACAUCCGACAAUAUACCCAGUGUGGCUCAUAAGGAAGAAAACAAGAACCAGCCCACAGUGGUGGUGUCUCGCUCGCACCCGGGCAAAGUGACGGAGACUGCGAAAAAGGCUUUUGGCGACAAGACCACAGUAAUUCCAGCGGCAGGCGCUGGGUACAAAGUCAUGACUGUUGUCAAUGGCACCUACGACAUCUAUCUCCACACCUCCGUCAUCAAAAAGUGGGAUCUCUGCGCCGGCGACGCCAUCAUCAAAUCCGUCGACGGUAAGAUGACCACCACUAAAGGGGACGCCAUUGACUAUUCACCGAAUGAGGUGAAGGUGACGGACGGGGUCCUAGUCACGAGGUACGACCAUGAAUAUUAUUUAAGCAAAAUGCCAGUUUUAGCGCCUUGAGUGCCAAAGUUUUAAGGUCCCUCCACACUCAUGCGCGAAUCACGGCGCGAAGCCGCGAACGUAAGUGUGGCGUCGAUUUCGCAGAUUGUUCACGCCUUCGCGCCUUGUUCCCUGUUUUUUGUCGGUUUAUUAGCCCGCGUCAAAGGAGGCGCGAAGCGCGAACUGGCAAGACUCCACAUUACACACUAUUUUGACUCAUAUGUGGCAAGAUAAAUAAUAAUAUUAUUAUAUAAAGCGGCUAUAUUUUACGGUUUUACAACAAAACAAAAUGGAAAAAUAGCUAAAUCACGUAUGAUGCCAUAGAUAACUAGCAGUUAAACUCGAUCAGCUGAUGCUUUUCCGCCAUCUUGGCGAGAACCAAACUGCGAAAUAGGCGUGAAGUUUGCGAGUGUGGAGUCAUACGUCAACGUCGCGACAUGUUCUCUCCGCGAAGUCGCGCCGCAAUUCGCGCACAUAGUCUGGAGGGGCCUUUAGGAUGCUAAGGGACUCCAUUGGAACCAAAUAUUGGACCUUUUUUAUUAGACCUAAUGCGUUUCACUUUAAAUAAAUAGUUAUUCUAAUCGGGAUUUUUAAAUAGCCUCCUAAGUCCAAGAAUCGUUAGUUUCGGCACAGGGCGGACACGCUAUACAUCAAAAAUCACUUGCGUUUCUAUGUGUGAACGGCUUGUCUGUACAAGUGUACACGCGUCAUGCGUCAUUGUGUGAGUAAGUUGCUUAAAAACAGUACUGAGCGGCCGGCAAACGGCCG